AUGAGUCGGAGAACGAGACGCUGGAUUUUAAGAGUUUUACUUUGUCUGGGGAUUGUUUAUCUGAAAAUUGGGUGAGCUCGUUUGACUUCUCAUUGGUUUGUUGCGGGUUACUUUGGAACACACAGAGAGAGAGAGAGACAACUUAAAUACCUGACGAUUAACAAUGAGACUUUUUUUGGUCUGAUGUUGAUCCUUUAAAAGCUCCCAUUGUUUGUCUUUUUCACUGGAAAGAGGAAGGUGAUGUUAUAAACGAUAAAUCCCAUAUCAGGAGAGAGCGUGUAGUUAUCUCAGUGAAGACUGCGCUCUUAUCAUUUUAGUGAAAUUUUACCUGUACCGGUGGUCAAAUCUAAUACCGGCACAACAAUUUCAGUUGUUAAGCUUUGAUUGAGCAAUAAUUUACAGAAUUAGUCUGGUGGUGCGCAUUAGGGCAUACAUAAAUCUCAUUUUAAGUAAAAGAAAAGCUCUAAAAAUUGUAUUAUUGUGGUAAAUCUGCCCACUUUGAUCGAUCCACAUAACAUGCUGUAUAAUGGGAUAAUCAGUGGAUACAUUUUGGAUUUUAAAGAUUAUGAAAACUCUCAAAAAGCGAGAAGAACCUUUUAACCAUCAACCAGAAAAGAAGAAGUUGAUGGCUACAUUUUCUCAGUCAUGUCCAUCUUCCAUCCACAGUGGCUUCUCUUCGGUGGUGGCCCUAGGUGCGAGCAUAAUCUGUAACAAGAUCCCCGGUUUGGCCCCCAGACAACGGAUAAUCUGCCAGAGUCGCCCCGAUGCCAUUAUCGUCAUCGGAGAGGGAGCCCAAAUGGGCAUCAACGAGUGUCAGUUUCAGUUCAGAAACGGCCGCUGGAACUGCUCUGCGCUGGGGGAGAGGACAGUCUUCGGAAAAGAGUUGAAAGUGGGUAUGUUGCUGUCUGUUAACGUUUGUUUACCAUUUGAAACAUUUUGGUUUUCCAACAGCAAGCAUCAUGUGUCAAUCAAGUCAAGCUUGCGUGCGUGUUUGUUGUGCGUAAUGCGUAAAAUGCGCACUGAUUUUUUUCUCUAUGAUCUCCUUUAAGGUGGUCAAUACCUAAAGUGAUAUGCAUGAAUAAACACUAACAAGAAGUUGAAUCUUAAACUUUCACUUAUUAAUAAAAAUGUAUCAAUUUGUCAAGUUAUUACCCUGAUACAAAACUUCUCCAUACACUCUAUGAUCUCCAGUUGAACCUGCACUAAGCAAACGCACAUGAUCAUCCAUCCCCUGCAUCAUGAGCAUCCCAUAAGGUGCUGGCAGUGUCGUUUACAUCAGGCCUAGUUUUCCCUCAUUGAACUGGUCUUUUCUGAGUUUGUAUAAGAGGUAUCUGAAGCCAGCACAGUAACAAAGCUCUUGUGAAUGUUUGCAGCCUUUCUUUUCAGCCACAGCAGAGUCUCUGGAGACACAUUUUCACUGGUCUUUAUCCUGCCUAGUGAUGGGUGCUGUGGCUCCCACUGUAAGGACGUGGCUCUUACCACGGGUAUAAGUUACAGUGUGGGCCAAAGCCAAGAGGGAAACGAGGCCUGAGAGGACUAAAAUAGAGAAACAAUCACCUUUUAAUCACAGAUUCUUAUGCUGUGAUGAUAGUCACCUCUGAGGAGGGAAUGAACUUGAGGAGAUGCUGAAAUUCUGCCUAAAGGAUUGUGACUUGUUUGUUCGUUUUUAUGACAUGAUAGGAUGCAUUUCAGACUGCUGGAGGAAGAGGAUAUUGAUACCAGAAAGGCUAAAUGAAGGAUAAUGAAAUUUACCGAAAAAAUUCUGUUUGAGAUUGAAAAUACAGGCUAGGCUUUGUCACAGUAUUUGGACAAAAACUUGACAUGAUCCUUUUUUUAUUUGAGCAAAAAAAGGAUCCAAAAACCCUCCACACAAUAGUCAGAAUCUUGCACCAGCUGUUUGAGGCUUGCUGCUGUUGGGAAAAAAAGGGGGAUUAUCUCUUUUCACAUCGUUGGAGUGAAAACAGUGCUGUUUGACAAUCUGUUCCUUUAUCAAUGAGUAGUUUUAGCACAUUGGAAGUCUCGCUCUGUGUUUCUAAAGCAGGAGUUGAAGUCUAUGGCGCGGACAGGCGUAUCAAAUAGAUUGGUUUCACUGAUCAGAUUAGUGCGGGAGGCUGAUGGUUGUAAAUGAGUGCUAUUGUUGAUGCCCAGGCAGAGGGAAGCUGCGUUGCUCGCGGUUGUUCUUAAAGAGCGAGGGAGAAUGACCAGUGGGCUGACAUAAUGAUGCAAGGUGCAUCAGCUCUGAGCCGUAGCUUUGUGUGCUCUGUGUUUAACGCUGAUUCAUGCAGAAGUAACAGAGAACCAAAUGUAGAUCGUCUAGUUCAGCCUUUACAGGUUGGCUGAGUAUUCAGUCGACUCUCCUGUUAAUAUCUUCCACCUCUCAUUACACGCUUAUGAAGAAUUCAUUCCAUCUCUUCAUGUGGUGAACCCAUGCACUCACAACUGCAGGGGAAAAAUUAACAACGGUGCAGUCAGAACUGGCUGCCUGCACAGACACACCUUCUUUUUUGGCUCAGAGCCCAUCGAGUCUAUAAAAACGUCCACAUAAUUGAUGCCUCAAUAUGAGUUUUUUUUUUUUUUCUUUUUUUUUUUUUUUUUCAAUGGCGUGGGCACAUGUCCAAGAUGUUUAUCACAAAACAUGGCGGCUUCACAUAAUGAACCGAGUGGCAGGAGGAAGCACAAACACGGUAUCAUGUUUGUUUUGAACAAACACAGACGAGAAGUUUAUUUACACUCAGAUAUGAUGGAUGGGACAAGCGGGUGUUUCCUGUUUGCAGGAAGAUGAAUCACAGAUCUGCAAAUUAAACCCAUGCUGCUUGUUGAUCAUGUUUAUGAAUAUGCAGUUUCAUUUGCAUACUAUUGUUUCACAUUGUAUAAAGUGGGAAAAGUACUGCCUUAUUUAUUUCGUAUAAGGCUGUCUUUGUAUUGUUCUUUUUAGCACUUUGCCUCAGAAUCUGUCCUGUCAGAUUAACCUUUAGUUAUCCGUCGAUAUUUCCAUGUGUGUGUGUGUCAAUGAUUUGUCAAGCCGGACUUGGGCUUGAGAUUCUGAUGUCAUUGCCUUAUGAGUUUACACAGUAUGGGACACUUUCUGAGCGGAUCAAUAGCCCCUCCUUGACGACAACCCUCUUAUUCAUGCUGCUUUGUUGACUAUACCGACAGCAGCCAUUUUGGUUCACAGACAGGACAGUUUCCAGGUCAGGUUUCAAAACACUGCAGCCCUUGAGCGAUGUGUCAGAAAGACUGUGAUGCAAGCACACACACUGUUAAUAAUUUAUCUUCUUUUCCUUAUUUAAUAAUCCUGAAAGACCCUGACACUUUCUAUUACAAACCUCUCAAAAACACUCAAGUGAUCAUCCUUUUUCCUUCAUCCCCCCCUCAGGGAGCAAAGAAGCUGCCUUCACUUAUGCCAUCAUCGCAGCCGGGGUGGCCCACGCCAUCACAGCGGCCUGUACGCAAGGAAACCUGAGUGACUGUAGCUGUGACAAGGAGAAGCAGGGUUUCUACAGCAAAGAUCAAGGAUGGAAGUGGGGUGGCUGCUCCGCGGACAUCAGCUACGGCCUGGGCUUCUCCAAAGUAUUUAUCGACGCUCGGGAGGUCAAACAGAACGCGAGGACUCUCAUGAACCUCCAUAAUAAUGAGGUGGGACGUAAGGUAAGUGACCAGCAUAGGAUGAUACCUCUUUAUUUUGCAACUAAAUCUGAUGAUUAACUCGUCUAAAGCAGACCAGUCAGACCCUGGCACAAUGUGGUGAUGGUGCACCUUGCCAAGGAUCUGGGCAUUUGUGCCAAGACUGAACAAGCAGCAGAAUAAAGGGUUUCUUUUAGAGGAAGGGCAGACUAAGUGGCAGGGUUUGAUUACAGCCCAGAUCUCUGCGCUGAAAACAGAUUGACACUGUCUAAAAAGGCAUUAGCCCUGUCCCUUCAUGCUUUGCAUCAUUUGGACAGUAUACAGUUACAGUUAUGACAAUACCCGCCCAAAGUUUAUUUUUUAAAAUAUCAUAAACCCACAUAAGUCUGCCUGGACAUGAGCCAUAGGGAAGCUUUCUGUAAGGUUUGAUAAUUAGAUGAGUAAAGCUAAAAGCAGUUCACCCCGCAUACUAGAGCUGCACAGCAAAUGGAAAUUUCAGUGACUGUAUCACAAAAAAAUGUGAAAGAUUAUGAUAUGUAAACAAGCAUUACUUUUAAAAGCCUGGGUAUAAUGGCUGUGCUCAAACCUCAAGCAAGCUAUCAGCAACCCUAAGAUGAGUUGGUGUGACAAAACUAAGUGGGCAUUACCUUCCUAUUGGCUCUAUAUCAAGAAUUUAAUGUCUUGUUACAUGUUUCUGUUUUGACCGCAAGUUACAAAACAUGACAACAGUAAAGAUUUAUACAAAGAAGAAAAGCUGUGACCUGCUCAGUCAAAGGCUUUUCUGCAUGCAGGGCUGCAGAACCCCGCAGACUCACAAAGAGACUCCAGCGAGUCUAGAGGUUAGACAUUGAGUGGAAUGAUGUGCCAAACAGCUAAAGUGAGGUUGGAGUUCGAGAAGAAUAAAGAAGCAGCUUUGCCCAAGUUUACUCAUGUCCCCCCUCUUUCUCUCUCCCUCUCUGGCUCACAGUGCCAAAGUUGCCUUAUUCACACACUGACACGUCCAUUCAAACGCUGAAAAGCCUUCCCCGCUCACAAUCAAACCUAGUAGAUCAAUUCCUGUGUGUUUCAGGACUGGCUUAUCUGGACUGCUAUGCCUCCUUGGGAAAAAAAAAAGACCGCACUUGUGGAUUCAAACUUUGCUCUGUUUUUGUUUCUCUCUCCUUCUUUCUGCCAAUAAAUAGCCUCUGUGUUUUGAUAGCUAGCCCCCUCUCCCUUUCGUUAUUUAUGCUAAUCAAAAGCAGUGACACCGAGCAGGAGCGCCCCGGUCAGAGACGUCCAGACAAAGGCUGUCACAAGUGUUAGUCACAGAACAACUGAUGGAUUAGAGAGCUGAAGCCAAGGGUUUUAUGAAGUGGUUUGCUCGGGGAAAACGUUUUUUUUUUUUACUUUUCGGGUUCUUGUUCACACGGCUGUAUUUGCGUUUUAGCAUUUAAACAACACAGACACAUACAUAUCCUGUCAAAGGAUGAUGCAGCAAACCAAACUCAGAGCAUUAGAGCGAAAGGAAAUCGCAAUUGACCUUGUUGGCCGAGAAAAUUCCAGUUUGAGUCAAUGGCACUUCUCAUUGUCAUCAGUCGAGGGUUUAGCAGUAAUCCUAGUCACUCGGCGCCUUGUACAGUCACUCUUGACAUUUGUGUGUUGUGUGUGGAAACUACACACACAGAGUCUGAAACCUGAUACAUUAUUUUGGCUUCUGUGUGUAUGGUAUCACACUGCUAUGUGGUGGGGCUGUAUCUAAUCCCUUACUUUGCUGUAUUGGAUGAUUACAUUGUCAUUAAGUUGCGCGUUUGUCAUUUGCUGUGAGAAGGAAGGGCUGAGAUUGGAGUGAAGACGGUCUAAAAUACAGCAAUACUCUCAAGAAUAAAGCUAAAUCCAUUAAGAAAAUUAAAACCUGUUCAUAAAUGCAAACAGUGAAUUCAUUAUGUGGAACCUAACCUGUCAUAAGAGUGUUAUUGUUUUGUAGUUGUUGGUUGUUGCUGCGUUGCUAAGUUGUUUUUGUGUGUCUAGGUCUUAGAGAAGAACAUGCGGCUGGAAUGCAAGUGUCAUGGCGUCUCGGGCUCCUGCACCACCAAAACCUGCUGGACUACACUUCCCAAGUUCCGCGAGCUGGGCUACAUUCUCAAGGAGAAGUAUGCCCAUGCGGUGCACGUGGAACCGGUCAAAGCCAGCCGCAACAAGCGCCCGAAAUUCCUCAAGAUCAAGAAGCCUUAUUCUUACCGGAAGCCCAUGGAUACAGACCUGGUGUACAUAGACAAGUCCCCUAACUACUGCGAGGUGGACCCAGUGACGGGGAGUUUGGGGACACAGGGCAGGGUGUGUAACAAGACUAUGAUGCAGCACAUCAGCGGCUGUGACCUGAUGUGCUGCGGGAGAGGAUACAACACACACCAGUACUCACGUGUGUGGCAGUGCAACUGCAAGUUCCUGUGGUGCUGCUAUGUGAAAUGCAACACAUGCAGCGAGAGGACAGAGGUGUACACAUGUAAAUGA